AUGAGUAUACUCGCGAAAAUAGCAGAAAUCGAAAAUGAGAUGAACAGGACCCAGAAGAACAAGGCCACAGCUCACCACUUGGGGCUCCUCAAAGCACGUCUGGCCAAACUGAGGCGAGAGCUUAUAACCCCCAAAGGAGGCAGUGGUGGUGGGACAGGAGAGGGUUUUGAUGUUGCUAAAACUGGAGAUGCUCGAAUAGGGUUUGUCGGGUUUCCGUCCGUGGGGAAGUCCACUCUGUUGAGUAACCUGGCCGGGGUGUAUUCUGAGGUGGCUGCCUAUGAGUUCACCACACUCACCACUGUCCCUGGGGUCAUCCGCUACAAAGGAGCCAAGAUCCAACUGCUCGACCUGCCGGGGAUCAUUGAAGGAGCCAAAGAUGGCAAAGGCAGAGGUCGCCAGGUGAUCGCAGUGGCUCGAACAUGUAACUUGAUCCUCAUUGUGCUGGAUGUGCUGAAGCCGCUGGGACAUAAAAAACUGAUUGAACACGAGCUGGAAGGAUUCGGAAUCAGGCUCAACAAACAGCCUCCAAACAUCGGCUACAAGAAGAAAGACAAAGGAGGCAUCAACUUCACUGCCACGUGUGCUCAGAGUGAGUUGGACCUGGAGACGGUGAAGACCAUUCUGGCCGAGUACAAGAUCCACAACGCCGACAUCACUCUGCGCAGCGACGUCACGGCUGAUGACCUCAUCGACGUGGUGGAAGGAAACCGAGUUUACAUCCCCUGCAUUUACGUUCUCAACAAAAUCGACCAGAUCUCCAUCGAGGAGCUGGACAUCAUCUACAAAGUGCCACACUGCGUCCCCAUCUCCGCUCACCACCGCUGGAACUUUGACGACCUCCUGGAGAAGCUCUGGGACUAUCUGCAGCUGGUGCGAAUCUACACCAAACCCAAAGGGCAGCUCCCGGACUACACCUCCCCUGUGGUUCUCCCUGAUUUACACACGUCUGUGGAGGACUUCUGCUUAAAGAUCCACAAGAACCUCGUCAAGGAACUCAAAUAUGCUCUUGUGUGGGGAGCGUCUGUGAAGCACAACCCUCAGAAAGUGGGAAAGGACCACGUGAUGGAAGACGAGGACGUCAUCCAACUGGUGAAGAAGUAA